CUCGAACCAAACAAAUCCUCGAGCAAUAAACUCGAAACUCCGAGAGAAAAGAGAGAAUCUCAAUCCAGAUUUUCUUACAAUCCAAACAAACACUACUGAAAAACAACAUCUCAAAUUUUCUUGCGAAACAGAUGGAUAGGACGUCGUUCUAGCUUUCAUGAGACGAUAAAUAAGGUACGUUUUAUUUUAUUAUUAUUUUGGGGGGUUCUUUCGCCCAACCUUGUAAAGAACUCGAUUUGGAGGAUUUCGAGUUAAGUGUUUUAGCUGUUAGCUUAGCAUGAUAUCUGUUAUGAGGGGCGACUGUGAAUUCGAUAGAAUAUCUGAUGCUAGUACUGAGCAACAAAUUGAGGCGAAACCUAGGGUUUCAGAUGAUAAUGUCAUUGGUCGUUCAAAUAAAGAUGAAAAUUUGUUAAAAUCGGGGGUGGAUGAAGAAGUUAGGUUAGCUCUGGAGAGUGAAAGAUCUGAGGUUAAAGUUAGAGUUAGGGCUUCUUCGGAAAUUGGUAAUGAUUGUAAUAGUAGGGAUGUUGAGAUGGAAUCUGAAUCUUUUGUGGCCGAGGAGAACAAAGUGAGUGUUAAUCAAAUUGAUAGACGAAGGAGGGAGUAUUUUGAGGCUGGAAAUGAUAGAUUUGAUGAAAAAAUUGAUAGAGUGGUGAGUAAUUUCUCAAGUAUUGAGGGGCAUGGAGAGGCGUAUAAUUCUUUGCUUUCAGAGUUUGAUGAUUUUGUGGCCAAUGAGAAGAUGCUUGUGGGGACAUAUAGGGCAUUGAGUUAUGGUUUUGAAGUGGGUGAUAUGGUUUGGGGAAAGGUUAAAUCGCAUCCAUGGUGGCCUGGGCAUAUUUUCAAUGAAUCUUUUGCAAGUUCCAUGGUGCGUCGCACAAGGAGUGAUGGUCAUGUGUUGGUUGCUUUCUUUGGAGAUAGUAGUUAUGGUUGGUUCGACCCAGCUGAGCUUAUUCCUUUUGACCUUAAUUAUGCGGAGAAAUCACAACAAACAAAUGCAAGGAGUUUUGUUAGGGCUGUGGAGGAAGCAGUGGAUGAGGCAAGUAGGAGGUGUGGUCUUGGAUUGGUGUGUAAAUGUAGGAACCCUUAUAAUUUUCGGCCUACUAAUGUUCAAGGGUACUUUACAGUUGAUGUGCCAGAUUUUGAGCCUGGAGGGCUUUAUUCGGCUAAUCAGAUUAAGAAGGCAAGAGACGGGUUUCGGCCUGCUGAGACUCUUUCCUUUGUCAAGCAAUUGGCAUCAGCACCACGAGGUUGUGAACAGAUGAGCAUUGAUUUUAUUAAGAAUAAGGCUACAGUUUUUGCUUUCCGUAAGGCAGUGUUUGAGGAGUUUGAUGAGACUUACGCUCAAGCUUUUGGUGUGCAGCCAGCACGCCCUUCUCGGGAUCGAGCUGCCUUAUUAGAUCAGUGUAGUAGACAGCCAACUAGAGCUCCAUUGAGUGGUCCAAUGGUUUAUGCUGAAGCUCUGGGUGGUGGGAAGAAAAAGCCUAUGAAGGUCAAAGACCAUUCAAAGAAAGACAAAUAUCUUUUCAAGCGAAGGGAUGAACCAGGUGACUUGAAAACUUAUCAGAUUAGCCAAGGGCAAGAAAUUUCCUUAAGUCCAUCUCCUGUCAUGGAUGGAUUAUCAACAUUGGCAGCUGGAGAUUAUGUGUUGCAGAAGAGGGCUCCAGGAGCUCAUAUGCCAGUGAAAGUCGAAGAAACUGGGUUUAUAAGCAAUGAAAGUUCAGGUCUAAGCAGGGAUGCUUCUGGAAAAGACACUGCAACUAUAGAUCAUACCUCAGCCUUCAGUGGUAAUCCUACCAUACAAGUUGCUUCUGUAGAUGUAAGAUCAUCUCCAGGUAUCCAUGCAAUGAAGGAGAGGGUGGAACGAGGUUUUGUUCCAGGCUCCACCAGCGGAGGUGGAUCUGAUAUGUUAGAGAAGGUGAUCCCAGGUUUGAUGGAGGGUGCAUGGCCAUCUUCUCAACAGGAAGAUAAUGUUAUGGUUGACAUUAAAAAUGAGGAGAGUGUGACAAUGUCCAGAUCAAAAGAAGGGUAUCAUCAAUCUGAGCCAAAUUUUUCUGCAAGAGGAGAAGGUGAUCAUGGGUUAGAUCAAGUUCAGGACAGUCGCCCAAGCAUUCAUCCUUUGCCAAUUGAUGCAAAGCAUUCUGUUGGAGUUAGUCCUGAUGGUAAAAUUAAAAAGCCUGAAGCUCUUAAGCGGCCUCUGGUGGACAUGAGCAGUCCGGACUCGAUGGGGGAGCCAAAGAAGAAGAAAAAGAAAAUGGAUCUUGGCUUGAAAGCAGGUUCUGGUAGUAUGCAAAAGCAGUUGGCCAUUGGAAAAGGUGGUACUGCAGUUGGGAAGGUGUCCAAAAAAUCUUCUCAGGUUGGUUUGGCUUCUAGGGAAAAUUCGCGGGUUAUAAAUCGGAGAAAAGAUGUUGGUGAUGGUAAUUCUAUGUUGACUUCAGUCACAACCAUGCCAGCAGUUAGCAUAGAGAAUAUUGAAGGUGGGCUCCCACAGUUAUUGAAUGAUUUACAUGCUCUUGCUCUAGAUCCCUUUCAUGGUGUGGAAAGGAAUUGCCCUGCAAUUAUUCGGCAGUGCUUUAUGCGGUUCAGAUCCCUGGUAUACCAGAAAAGCUUGGUUUUAUCACCACCAUCUGACACUGAGCCCUUUGAUUUUCGUAGUGCAAAAUCUUCAUCCAGUGUUGCUGUUCCUGGUGAGAAUGUCAGAGAUUUGCCAGCUUCAAAACCAGUUAAACAUUUGGCUAGACCAGAUGAUCCUACAAAGGCCGGGCGAAAACAUCCUGCAUCUGAUCGCCAGGAAGAAAUUGCUGCAAAGCGGUUAAAAAAGAUUAGUCUUAUGAAAUCAUUGACCACAGAGAAGAAGUCUGGUCAGAGGACAUCGGAUGGCCAGCGAUCAGAGGGAAAAGAACAUGUGACAAUUCCCCCUGCAAAGCUUGCCAGACCUGAUACUAUAAAGAAAUUAGGGCAUCAAGCCAGAUCUGUGGAGCCUACCAUGUUGGUGAUGAAGUUUCCUCCGGGGACAUCGCUUCCAUCUGCCGCUGAGCUCAAGGCCAGAUUUGGUCGCUUUGGGUCAAUAGAUCAAUCAGCUAUCCGGGUGUUCUGGAAAUCUUCAACAUGUCGUGUGGUGUUUCGCUACAAAGCUGAUGCACAGGCAGCAUAUAAAUAUGCAAAUGGAAACAAUGCCCUAUUUGGCAAUGUGAACGUGAGAUAUAUUGUGCGGGAGGUGGAAGCUCCUGCAGCAGAAGCACUGGACACUGACAAAGGUCGAGGAGAUGAACCUCCCAAUGAGAACCCACGUGUGAAGGAUCCCAUGCUUGAUCGACCAACACAGUCACCUCUCCUGCAGCCAAUGAUCCAGCUGAAGUCCUGUUUGAAGAAACCAUCUGGCGAUGAAGCUGGGCAGGUAACAGGCAGUAAUGGCAGCAGAGGGACAGCUCGGGUAAAAUUCAUGUUGGGUGGGGAGGAAAGUAGUAGGACAGAGCCAUUGAUGGUUGGCAAUAGAAACAACUUCAACAACAAUGCUACAUCUUUUGCUGAUGGUGGUGCAUCUUCUUCUGUUGCAAUGGAUUUUAAUAGUAAGAACUUUCAAAAGGUUAUUAUUCCUCCAUUUUCAUCACCUAUUCCUCCGUCGCCUCAAUUUGCAAAGCCACAAUUUAAUAAUUCACAUCAUACUGAAGUAGUAGCAGCGCCCAGAAACUCUCACAAUCUUAACACACCCACAGCCCCACCACCCACUGCAUCGACACCAACCAUUGAUAUAUCACAGCAGAUGUUAAGCCUUUUGACAAGAUGCAACGAUGUUGUAACCAACGUUACUGGACUGUUAGGCUAUGUGCCGUACCACCCUCUUUGAUUAGGGCAAUACAAUAGCCAGAUUAUUAAAGAUGGGAUUACACUAGAAUGCUGCCAAUAGAGCGUUGGAAAUGCAGCUUAAGCAAAUGGAACCAAAAAGAUAACUCGGGCGGGGGCCGUUCUGCUGUGAAACAAAAGAAGCAAAAUUUUUAGGAAUUGAUAACGACUCAUCUGGGUUUUAAAGAAUGCAUGCUGUGUAGUUGAAAGAGAUCACUCAUGUAUGCCAUCUGCUUUGUGUUUCUUCUAAUUUUAUCAGACCUUUUGUGGCAUAUGGGCCAACUGAGCUCGUACCUGUAUUGCCAAUGGUGAAAAUUUUGGUCUUGUAGUUUUAUCUGAUUUGAUUUGUUUGGUA